AAAUGUGCAGUUAGCCGAACUCUCCAGCAAGGCUCAAGCUUACAAAUGUAAACACCGGUGAGCGGAGAGGCAAAGAUUUGUUAAUAUUUUGCCGCCAGUGAAAGAUAAAGGAAGACAAAGCUUGAAUAGCAGUGGAGAAGGACAUACUCUGAGUGUUUUGUGUGUGUGUGUGUGGAGGGCGAGAAACUUAAGGAGGAAAGAGGAUAAUUGGGCCAUCUCAUCAUGUUGACCUCCAGGGUGGCUGCUGCCUUGCCCCGCCUCCUGCCGUGCACACGCCCAUACCACAAAAAAGCACUCACCAACACAGCUGUAAAGCAGAAGCGCUCUCAGCUGUUCACUCAGGAAGCACAGCGGCAGGCUGCUCUCAUCACAGACAUAGAAAAGAUUGAAGUGCAGUAUGAUGGCCAGCCAGAGAACUGCACCCUUAUCAUGAACAAGGGCAUGUCCACACCAUAUAACUGUGCCCAGCACAUAAACCAAAUGAUGAUGGAAAGGUCCGUGUUAGCAGAAGUAGAUGGUCAGGUAUGGGACAUGCACCGGCCCCUGGAGGACAAUUGUACCCUUCGCUUCCUCCAUUUCAGACAGUCUGACCCUUACUAUGCCAACAAGGCCUUCUGGCGCUCAGCAUCAGUGAUGCUGGGGGCAGUGCUGGAGUCAUCUUUCAAGGACAAUCUCUAUGUAGAACUCUGCUCUUACCCCUCACCAAAUGUGCGGAGUGGUAGCUUUGUCUAUGAUGUUGAUCUGAAGAUUCCAGAGUGGGAACCCUCCAAGGAAGAAUUAAGGACAUUAUCAGGAGAGAUGGUGAAGCUAUCCCUGGCUGCUCACCGCUUUGAAAGGCUGGAAGUUGAUGCCAGUGUGGCUCUCAAGAUGUUUGCAGACAACCGGUUUAAGACUCAGCAGAUCCCUCAGAUGGCAGCACAGAGCACCUCAGGGAACACUGUGGUGGUGUACAGGAUUGGGGACUUUGUGGAGGUGAGCCGUGGCCCAAUGAUGGCGGGCACAAGUCACUUGGGAAAAGUGUCUAUAGUAGCUGUCCAUCCCAUUGAGACCAAUGAAGCUCAGCUGUUCAGAGUACAAGGAGUGGCUCUCCCUAGGGGAUUCUUGUUGAACCAUUUUGCAUAUGGAGUGUUGGAGAAGAGAGCUCAGCAAAUGAACUCUGGUCGAUUACCACUUAAUAUUUCAUCCACUGAGCCCCAGACACAAGCCUCCACUUUGUAGUUAGAUUGCUGUACAUAUGUCUCUCCAAUCAAGUGCAGAUAAUUAUGUGAUUAUUUUACCUCUCUAUAAGCUGUACAAAUAAAAAGAUGAAUAUA